CCCGCGCAGGCAGGAUGCCUCGCCGGCGGCGGUGGGGACUAGCUUGCCCUGUCCAAGAUCUUCCCCACGCCCCGCGUCGACAAGAAGCGGAAGAGAUCGAUCCCCAGGGCCGCCUCCCUGCUCUGCUCCUCUGCUCCCCGGCAGCGCAAGAAGGACCGGGGCCGCCUCCUCUCCGGCUCGCCGUUGUAGCUCAUGCUUUGCUUUGGAGCGCCGUUGUAGCUCAUGCUUUGCUUUUGAGCUCUGAGGCGCAAGAAGGACCGGGGCUGCCAUCGCGCCGCGAGCCCGACGGCUCCGAGGUGUACCCCGUCGCCUGCACCACCGCGUGCCCGUAAAACCAUGCCGGAGCGCCAGCGCCGCGCCCACCGGAAGCAGGAGGCCCCAGGAGAGCGCGUUCAGGGAGUCGUGCGCCGACUGCAGCAUGGCAGACGCGAUGGGGGAGGACUCCGUGGUCGUGGUGAGGAUGUCGACGGUGGCGUGAGACGCCAGGUCGGACGCUCCUUCCGCCUCGACCACACCCGCCGUCGCCCAGCUCGCGCCGACCGUGCCGUGGAAGAAAUCGAUCCCCCGGGCCGCUGCUCUGCUCCUCUGCUCCCCGGCAGCGCAAGAAGGACCGGGCCGCUGCUCUGCUCCUCUGCUCCCCGGCAGCGCAAGAAGGACCGGGCCGCCUCCUUUCCGGCAGGUGCCCGCCCCAUCUUCCGCCUCGUCUCUAGCGCCGCAGGGGGCUGAGGCCUCGUCUCCGGUGCGCCUUCUCUCCGGCAGGUGCUCGCCACGUCUCCAGCCCCUCCAUUCUCGGCACCUCCUCUGCUCCUCCACCCUCUUCGCCUUCUCUUUCUGGAGGUGGAGGUGGGGGACUCCCGGCCGAGGGAGGGCAAGAGCUCGAGCACGGGAGUCGUCCAAUUUUCGAAAAAUUGGUAGAGAGUCUGGAGUGGUCAAGGGGAGGAUUUUGAUCGGGAGCAGAUGAACUCGUGCGUGCGUGAUGAGGAGUUACUUCCACCAGAGGAAGGAGAUGACAAGGCGGGCCCCAUGCGUCAGUGGGCAAAUGGGUGUGAAGAAAUAAAAAAGAGAAAGGGGUUCUGCUGGGCUUCGGCUGCCACAACUCGCGCGCGUGGGCGCUGGACCGAGAAAUAGGCUGCCCACUAAAUCUGGGUAUUCCCCAAUUAUUAAACAACUGGAGCUAUAAUUGAUACUACAAUAAAAUACUAAAUAGAUUCCUAAAAUACUAUAAAC